AUGGGUAUCGACUUGGACCGCCACCAUGUGCGCGGCACCCAUCGCAAGGCGCCCAAGAGCGAGAACGUUUACCUGCAGGUCUUGGUGAAGCUUUACCGCUUCCUCGCCCGUCGUACGGAAUCCAACUUCAACAAGGUCGUCUUGCGCCGCCUUUUCAUGUCCAGGAUCAACCGCCCCCCCGUUUCGCUCUCGCGCAUUGUUUCCAAUGUGACCGACUCCCACAAGGGCAAGACCAUCGUUGUGAUCGGCACCAUCACUGACGACAACCGUCUUCUUACUGUCCCGAAGCUGUCCAUUGCAGCCCUUCGCUUUACUGCUACUGCUAGGGCCAGGAUUGAGAAGGCCGGUGGUGAGACCUUGACUCUGGACCAGCUUGCUCUGCGUGCCCCUACUGGAGCGAACACUCUCCUCCUCCGCGGACCCAAGAAUGCUCGGGAGGCAGUGAAGCACUUCGGUUUCGGCCCCCACAGCCACAAGAAACCCUACGUCCGCAGCAAGGGACGCAAGUUUGAGAGAGCCCGUGGACGCAGAAGGUCUCGCGGUUUCAAGGUGUAA